UACAGAAAGCAGAUUCUGCAGUUGGCUCAUUCGAAAACAAUGGCGACUGCUCUAGCAAGGCCAUCGGCGGAUCGAGCCGCCAGUUUAUUCAGACUCUCCUUCAACUUCCUCAGAAAUCUCAGCACUUCAGCCACUCCUCCGACUGCGCCGGCGGCCGGCGUUAAGAAGCCGAAGCGGAAGAAGAAGAAGAACUUCUUCGAGGUGGCGCAGUUUCUCCCCAACUGGGGCAUUGGCUAUCACAUGGCUAAAACUCACUGGACUGACGUUUCCUACCAAAUUACCAAAAUCAAUCUCUACAAGAGUGGGACGCACGGAAAGGCUUGGGGCAUCGCUCAUAAAGACGGUACUCCAAUUGCCGACGCACCCAAGAAAAUUAGUGGGGUCAACAAACGCUGCUGGAGAUACCUACCAAACUCAAAAAAAGUCGAAGAGAACACCCCCAAGCUCGAGGUUCAAUCUGCAUAAUUUCAUUCUUAUUAUCACGGUCCAACUGCAUUACUCCUCAUAGCUUGAAAGUUGAAAAUUCUCAUAUUUUGUUGAAUGGUUACACAACAUGCUGUGUUUGAUGAUGGCAGUGCCUUUAGUGUUAUUUUCUAACAUAAUUGUACUGCCUCACAAGUGGAAUUCUUAGCAAUCAGAUGUAAACUUAUUGUGUUCUGUCUUUAUACAUGAAUUUAUUAGGCAUACCCACUAAAACUAUGAAUAGCAACUGCAUUGAUGGCCAAAUUAUAUUGUGGAACACUAAUAAAUGUUUAAUGUUUAUUUUUAAUA